GACGAGCCGGGAGCCGUGCCGGGGGAAGCGGGCUUUGUUCGGACCCGGGUCCCUGGUGGGCGCCCAAGUGACCUCCGAGACGAAGCAAGUGCCUGAGAACAGCGCCGUGGAUAUGCCCUGCACGGCGUACAAGUACAGCACGAGCAGCCCCCGCAUCGAGUGGAAGUUCCAGAAGGGCACCUCGCUGGUGCUGCUUUACUACGGGAACGAGCUCACCGAGCCCUACAGAAACCGCGUCCAGUUCUCCCCCACCAACAUCCGCUUCAGCACGGUGACGCGGGAGGACACGGGGAAGUACAUCUGCGAGGUGGUGGAGGGCAGCCAGAUCUCCAAAUCCGAAGUCAACCUCAUCGUCCAAGUGCCUCCCUCCAAGCCGGUGGCCCACGUCCCCACCUCGGCCACCAUCGGCAGCAAGGCCGUGCUGCGCUGCACCGAGACGGACGGCUCCCCGCCACCCACCUUCCGCUGGUACCGGGACACCAUGCUGAUGCCCAGCGACCCCAAAACCAGCCUGACGUUCAGGAACUCCUCCUACACGCUGGAUUCCACCACCGGGGAGCUGACCUUCGAGCCCGUCAGCAGCUUCGACACCGGUGACUACUACUGCGAGGCCUCGAACAACGUGGGCUCCCCCCAGAAAUCCGACGUCGUGCACAUGGAAGCCAACGAAGUCAACGUGGGCGGCAUCGUGGCGGCGGUGGUGGUGCUGCUGAUGGUGCUGGCGCUCAUCGCCUUCGGGAUCUGGUUCGCCUACAGCCGGGGCUUCUUCAGCAAGAGAAAAGACACCACCAGCAAGAAGGUCAUUUACAGCCAGCCCUCGCACCGCAGCGAGGUGAGGACGCCGUGCCCCGGCGGGGGGCACAGAGCGUGAUGGGAGCGCGGUGCCAUCCCCCGGGGGGGG